AGCUGUCCCAUGCCAAACCCACACAGCUGCCUCUUGCUUGCACUCUCAGUCUCCAUGUCUCUUCUGGGUUAUCCUGGACUUUGCAGUGCCACUUCUCAUAGAAAUCACUGCUACCUCCCUGUGACUCCCUCCAUCGCUGUCUGCUCAAAUGAUAUAAACCCUGCCUUCGGACAUUACUUACCCAGCAGCUACCAAGGAAAUCUCUGGCUUUUGGACCAUUGCCAAGACUCCUACUGCGAAGUGCCUUGCUGUGAAUCUUCUAACCAUGAGCUCAAGACUUGCACGGCAACUUGUGAUCCCAGGAACUCCUGUGUGCCUUGCAACUCCCCAUCUGCAACUCAAGUUGUUAGUGCCGGUGAAACUACCAACAUCAGAUCCAGACCCAGCUGUAGUCCCAAUACUGGGACCAAACGGUAUGUGUCCAAUUGCACCCCAGCUACUCGAUUUGCAUCUAAAGCCUGUCAGACGUCUCAAAAUGGCUCCCGCUGCAUAGGGCAAUUUAAUUACUUUCCCAAGAAUCUGCAGGCCCUAUAUCACUAUAGCCCGGGCAACAAUGGAUAUAGAAGCUAUAAAAAUUUUGGAUUCAUCAGCAAUGGCUCCUCUCCAUCUUACUAUAUUACCAGUAGUUACCAACCCCAAAGUUACCUAGUGAGAUAUUGCCAGUAUCCAAAUUAUGUGCCUUUAAGCUUCCCACCAGGGAGAUACUUAUGUGGAAAUUUUCAGUCUCUGAGCUGUAUACCUAGUACGUUUCCACCUCUGAGAUACUUAUGCAGCAGCAACAGACCUCUGAAUUGCUACUGAUUGACUUACAGCUUGUACGAGAGUUCUGAAGAAAUUGACGGAGCAAAUCUUACCUAGCUCUUACAUCUCUGUUAUUCUGCUAAAUUGAUUUAUUCCUCUCAGGAAGGUUGUUGCACUGACCUCAAGUGUAACCCCAGACCUGAUUAACCACUCAGGUGUUUGGUCUUCUCUUAGUACUCUCUGUAUAAAAUUCUGGUUCUGAGGGCAGCGUGAGCUCCAAAACUGACCAGAGGGGACUCACUGAAGAAAUUUUGUAUGAAGGACAACGAAGGAUAAUCAUCACUCUCUUUCUUUCCCUGGUUGUCACUUGUCCAUCAUUGUGACAAUCCUCUACCCGGUUUCAUGCAUGAUUUCAACCCACCUUUUCCAGAUUUCUCAACUUUUCAUCACAUAGUUGUGUUAACUGCCUGAUGAGCAUCUUGCCACUGAAGGGAGAAAUAAAAUUCCCCAAAACAUACUUAAUGGAGCUACUUUGUCCUUUCCCUCCUGACUGAUUAUAAAAAUGAGCAAGUAUCAAUAACAGCCGA